GUAGGUGUUGGCCGAUAUGGAUGCUUAGACACGUCGCUUGCCCUCAUGUCCCUGCUAGUGUGAGCAAAUCAUGAUGAACGGAGGGGUGGGACGCAGUGUUACGGCGUUGAGGCGCUGGAGCUGUAAGGACAAGCAAUUGCCACCAAUUGAGCAUAUCAAGCACAUCCACGUCUACGACUUCGACAAUACAUUAUUUGCGUCUCCGUUACCUAACAAGCAGAUAUGGAACACCGGCACCUGCGGCUUGCUCCAAGCACAAGACUUCCUUCAUGGCGGCGGCUGGUGGCAUAAUCCAACCAUUCUUGCCGCCACUGGCCAAGGUGUCUCCGUAGAGGAACCUCGUGCGUGGCAGGGAUGCUGGAAUCAGAAGAUUGUUGACCUUGUUGAGCUUUCAACCGAUGAGGAAGACACGCUAUGUGUGAUGAUCACUGGCCGGAAGGAGGACGGCUUCUCCGAUCUCGUCUCCCGCAUGAUCACUGCCAAAGGCUUAGACUUCGACAUGGUCUGUCUCAAGCCUAACGUCAGCCCCAUGGGCGAGCUCUUCUCCAGCACUAUGCACUUCAAGCAGAUCUUGCUGCGCGAUAUCGUGUGCACCUACCGUAAUGCCACCGACAUUCGCAUAUAUGAGGACCGACCUAAGCAUACCAAAGGCUUCCGUGACUACUUCGAGGAGCUUAAUAUGUCGUUCGCCUCGCUGAGUGUAGCUGCGCCGGAUGAUAGACUACCGAUCAACGCCGAGGUUGUCCAAGUAUCAGAGCAGGAACUCAGCAUGGAUCCCGUCUCCGAAGUCUCCGAGGUCCAACGAAUGAUCAACAAUCACAACCAGGCCAUCCUCGACGGCACAGCGCCACGACACGCGAUCCCGUACAAGAUCAAGCGUUCCGUCUUCUACACCGGCUACAUUAUCUCCCAGUCAGACACAGACAAGCUCAAGACUCUUGUCAAGUUGCCACCCAAUUGCCCAGAUCACGAGGUCAAACAUCUUGCUAACAACAUUUUGAUCACACCUCGUCCGGCACCGCACUCCAUCCUCGAUAAGGUCGGCGGAAUCGGAGCGAAGCUGUCUUGGCGCGUUACGGGCAUCGCCAAUCUUGAGAACAGAGUCUGGGCUGCUCGUGUGGAGCCGGCGACUCCGGGUGCAAGAAUUUACACGGAGAACGCAACACCCUGCGUCGUUCUUGCAACACGCCGCCAGGCGAAGCCGAUAGAAGCAUCCCGCAUCCGCACUUGGGAGCCCGUGCCCGAAUCGCAAGCCUUCGAAUUCGCAACCAUUGUCGGCGAGAAAGUGCUACUGCGGAUUGAGGAAGAGUUGCGGAACGAAGACGCCUACGAAGCGUCCUUCCCGAACGCACGUCAUGCCCGCAAGCACCCUCGCGAAGAAGACUUCCCUUCCUUAGGCUCGACAGGCAAGCCGAAGCCACAAAUGAAUCGCCAAGCGUAUGGUGCCGAUACGAGCUACGCCGGCAGAGCUGGCGGCGGAAUAGGAUUUGCUGCUCAGCGCGGCGGCGGUCGUGGCGGCGGUCGAAGCGGCAGAGGCGGCGCCCAGAAUCGCGGCUUUCAUCGUGGUGCGGGCGGUGGUAGAGGGCGUGGGAGGGGGGCUUACCGGUCUCUGGACGAUAGUGUCGGACAGGGUUACGGGAGUGGCGGAAUGCAGUAUUAAUGGGGCUGCUGUACGCGUUCACGUGGCUUGGUGUUUACCACCGCAUUGCAAUCGGUACGCAU